CAUCAUUGUGCUAGGCAGCAGCAGAUCCUGUCUGGCUCCUACCACGAGGAUAUUCAGAAGCUGGAGCCACAGCUGUGUUAAACUUCUUAUUUAUUUGGAACCCAAGUAUGCCGAUUUGACCUCAGAAAAUGGAACUACGAGUAGCAAGCAUUCUUCUUCUCCUGGUUGCCUUGACGGCUGCCCAUGGUGAGAGAUAUGUUGUCAAGAAGGUGAUGAAGGCCCCUCAGUACCACUCAGUGAAAAGCCAUGUGGUAUCCGUAGCAGGAGAACCAGGCACCCCUGGUGAGCCAGGCCCCCCUGGACCUCCUGGCCCCCCUGGAGAACGAGGAGAAGAUGGUGAAGGACUGCCAGGGCCACAGGGACCCCCUGGACCACCUGGUCCUGCUGGUUACUCAGCACCUGGAAAACCUGGUACUCCAGGUGGACCCGGCAAACCUGGAGCCACAGGUGCACCUGGACUUAAAGGAGAUACUGGUGCACCUGGUCAUCAAGGCCCCAGAGGAAUGCCUGGUCCUGUUGGUAGCCCUGGACCAGCAGGCAUUUCCGCAACAGGCAAACCUGGACCAGCAGGUCUGCCAGGAGCAGUGGGACCACAGGGUGCACCAGGUAUUAAAGGACAUCCAGGUAUUCCUGGUGCGCCAGGACAAAAAGGAGAAAGGGGUAUUGGGGUUCAGGGGCCACCAGGUGAGAGAGGUCCAGCAGGACCAGUGGGCGCUACCGGAAAGUCUGGUGAGCCUGGUGUUGGAAGACCUGGCAAAUCUGGACUUCCUGGUGAACCAGGUAAAUCAGGCUCACCUGGCCGUGAUGGGGAACCUGGACCCAUGGGUGCACCAGGUCCAAAAGGUCAAACGGGUGCUCCUGGAAUUGGAAUUCCAGGCAAGCCAGGUGAGAAUGGUGCUCCGGGUAUGCCUGGCCCUGCUGGCCCCAAAGGUCCACAAGGUGCAGCUGGUGCUCCUGGUGCUCCUGGUGUUUCAGGUUAUGGCAAACCAGGUGAACCUGGUGCAAAAGGUGAGAGGGGAGUAGCUGGUAGCCCAGGUACAACAGGUCAGAAAGGUGAGCCAGGUGCUAAAGGGCACACUGGUUAUACAGGUGCCACUGGUCCUGUGGGUCCAGCUGGUCCUCAAGGGGCAAGAGGUUUCCCAGGUGAGAGGGGAGCAACAGGUGAUAAGGGUGAUCAAGGUCCAAUGGGACCUCCAGGGCUGAAGGGGCACACAGGAGAACAGGGACCCCAAGGCAUUGAAGGCAAGCAGGGUUAUCCAGGCGCCACAGGCCAACCUGGUCCAAGGGGAGCUACUGGUGCUCCUGGCAACAAAGGAGAUGCUGGCCAAACAGGUGCUCCUGGUGCCCCUGGAACACCUGGGCCUGUCGGACCAAAGGGUCAUACAGGAUAUCCUGGAGCAGCAGGUGAAAAAGGAGAAGCAGGUGCUCCUGGAGCAAGAGGUCCCGCUGGCCCAGCAGGUCCUUCAGGCCUACCUGGCCUUAAAGGUCACCCAGGUAUUCCUGGCGCACCUGGCCCAGCUGGUUUGGCUGCCAAAGGAAUUCCUGGACCUCAGGGUCCACCUGGACUUCCUGGAUCUGAUGGACCUGCUGGACUUCCAGGUCCUGCUGGACCUCCCGGCCCUCCUGGUCCUCCUGGUGAGGUCAUGUUUGAGAAGGCCCAAACUGAAACUUCAUACCCAGUUCUUGUCAAAAGUCCUGUGUCUGCAUUCACUGUUGCAACUGUGACACCUUAUCCCCCAUCUGGCACCCCAAUUAAGUUUGAUCAGAUUGUGUAUAAUGCAGAGCAGCAUUAUGAUCCCGAGACAGGUCUGUUCACCUGCCAGAUUCCAGGAAUUUAUUAUUUCUCCUAUAGCAUGCAUGUGAAUGGUGCUAAUGCUUUAGUGGCACUUUAUAAAAAUAGUGAUCCAGUCAUGUUCACCUAUGAUGAGUACAACAAGGGAUUUGUGGACCAGAUGUCUGGUAGUUCUGUCCUACAACUCAAUGAGCAGGACACUGUUUAUAUCCAGAUCCCUGAUGAUGAGGCUAAUGGUGUUUUUGCCGCUGAUAAUGUCCAUUGCUCUUUCUCUGGGUUCCUGAUUGCCUCUACGUGAUAAGGUGAUCAACAACAUCACUUCUAAAACAUCACUAUUUCUCAAACAAAAUAUCCUGUUCUGCAAACCUUCAUGCAUAACAGACUGUGCUGUUGUUCUGAGAAAUACAAGCAUCUCAACUUGAAAAUUCCAAGCAGUGGUGCCAAUAAGAAGGAAGUAAUUUAUGUAACACGUUAUCAGGGGUAGAAAGGCAGUUAAAACCUUAACAAUUUCAUUUUUUUUGUGUGUGUGGAUCAAGCAUGUGAAGUUGUGUCCUGAUAAUUUUGUGUCUUUUCCUCUAUUUUUUUUUUUUUAGUUUUUUGUUUUGUCUUUUUGUUUUCUUGUUGCUGAUCACAGUGGCUAAUUCAAAUCUUUGUCUUAUUUUACUGUUAUUGUUGUCCUUAUAUCCUUACUGAUUAUACAGAGAGAAUGCUCUUCCUGACAUCCUUAUAUUUGACUUGAAUAUUGUGAGAUGGUGAAAAAUGAUGAAAAACAAACUCACUAGUAAACAAAUAAACAUCUAUAAAUGUUAUGCUGAAUGAUUAAUUUUGCUCUGUAAGCCAUAAUGAUUUAAAUAAAAUUUUUCCUAAAGA